AUGACAUCAACCCAACCUCGAAUCCCGGAUACUCGCAUUGUCGUCACAGGCCACACCGAGUCAGGUGCUGCAAUCUUUAUCAGGGACCAGAAACUUGAAGCAAAUGCUGUCAGUGAUGGAACUUACCUGAAUCCUCUCUGGUCCACGCACGAAAGUCCGGCCGAUAUCAAACCCGUUGAGAAAAAUGAAAUUGAGCUUGCAGAUCUUGCAGCUGCAUCAACUGGAUCAUUUUUCAGUGCAUACGACCUCCCUCCCGGGUACAGCGGCCCGCUACAUCGUUCGCACACUAUAGACUACAUCAUCGUUGUUCGAGGUACCGUAGCUUUGACUACAGAAAAGGGCUCCUGUGUAUCUCUUCGUGAGGGGGAUGCAAUGGUACAGCAGGGAACAAUGCACAGCUGGAGUAACGAGUCCGACAAAUGGGCACGUCUUGUUUCAGUGAUGCUUCUCGCUAAGCCAGUCGUUGUCAAUGGGAAAGAAUUGCAAUCAGUUUGGCCUUUAUAA